AUCACGCCUUCGUUUUCUUCUAUUUUCCACCCAUUUUCUCGCCGACAAUUCUUCAUUUUUUUUUCUCACAUAAAACUCAUUCGAUUUCUUAAUUUCAUGAGCUAAAGCUUUAAAAGAGAACAUUUUCAGCACCAAAUCAUCUGAAAAACGAAGAAAUUGAAAAUGUACACGUUGAAAGAUAAAGUAGCCGAGAGUCUUUCGCGCUUAUUUUCAGAUUCACCGAAUCAUUCUUCUCCAUCUGAUCCUUCUCAGGCCAGAUUGUAUUCCGAAGGAUCGAGCACUUUGUCUUCGAUUUUUUCUUACAUUACCCCUUGGGUAAGCUUAGGGGGGUCUAAAUCGAAUGACCACGGAAGUCAUCUCAAGCCAAUUCAGUCGCAUCCUGUUAGAUGGAAAUGUAGGACGUACGAGUUGCAAGAUGAAUCCUUGGAUAGUUAUGGGGACCACAAACUUACUAAUAAAAAUGAAAACAUACAAAUGGUUCAUGAAGUUUCGAAGAAAAUCCCGAAAGAUGAAGACGAGCAAACUAUUAGUCCUUGGAGCGAGGAUAAGGAUUGUACUUCCAAAAGGAGUAGCAGUGAUUCCGAAGAUUUUCAAGAUGCACAAGUUAAACGGAGUCCAGUAAAACCUCCACUGAACCUUUCUGAUGAAUCAGUGUUUAUUACCCCUGAUUUGUAUGAAGUUUUGGUGUCUUCCCUUCCCAAUAUUGUUAAAGGUUGUCGAUGGAUGUUGUUGUAUAGUACGUUGAAACAUGGUAUAUCACUUCGUACUCUUAUUCGAAAGAGUGCGGAGCUUCCUGGCCCUUGUUUACUGAUUACCGGAGAUAGGAAAGGAGGAGUCUUUGGUGCAAUGCUAGAAUGCCCCUUGAAGCCUACGCCAAAGAGAAGAUAUCAAGGAACAAACCAGACAUUUGUGUUCACAUCCGUACAUGGUGAACCUAUGCUAUUUAGCCCAACCGGUGCCAAUCGUUAUUACUAUAUAUGUUUGAAUGACCUGUUAGCACUUGGUGGUGGUGGCAGCUUUGCUUUGUGCUUGGAUGGAGAUCUCUUGAGUGGAAGUAGUGGACCUUGUGAAACAUUCGGGAACUUGUGUCUGGCGCACGACCGGGAUUUUGAGCUAAACAAUGUUGAGCUAUGGGGUUUCACACAUGCAUCACCAUACUUCAAUCGAAAGCAGCUGUGAUAAGUAUGAUGGAGCUCAUUUCAAUGGUUAUCAAGAGGGGGCACUGAUGCCUUCAAUCCAUGCUUUUGCCCUAUCAAGAUGGGGCACUGAUACCUUCAACCCAUGCUUUUGCCCUCAUUUGUGGGCUUUAAGAUUUGAUUUGGUUGGUAGUUAGGGUUAUAUCAUAUGGGGUUUUGAGUAGUUGUAUGUCUUUAAUCCAUUAGUAUUUAUAUCACGUACACAACUCACAAGGCCU